AUGUAUAUGAUAAUAUGGCAUUACAUUGAUCUUGACUUGUUUGUUGUGAAAUGUUCAGUUUGGAAUAGUAAGGACCUUUAGUUAAAAAUUAAACCGUAUAUAUCCAAUAGAAGUAUCAAAGAAAGUGAGAAAAAUGACAUUUGUUUUACCUUUGUAUGCAGUGUACACAGUCAGGUACUGUAUGUGAGGAGGUACAUUUCUUUCUGUCUGCUGAAUAUUUGAUUCACAUGUCCAAAUAAUUGACCUACUAUGAGUCUGUAGUAGCAGAGCGAGACAGGGUGUUAUGCAUAAAAUAUUGAACCAGCUUAAUGUCUGUCUGCAUGCAUGUUUGGAGGACAAAUGGAUGUUGUGGCAUCCAAGUGAAACACAAAGAUGGAGGUUCAAGAUGUUUUGGAGGAACUCAUGAGUUUAUGCAUGUAAAAUGUACCUUUAGGAAGAUUGCGCAUGUCUCAUGUCUGUGUGUGCACAUAUACGUACAAUUUUUAUCAUGACUUCAAUUUUCCUUCAGGCAUUAACAGCAUCUCCACAGUGAAAAAGGUGACCGUGAGAAAAGGAGAGACCAUCAUCAUCCCAUGUCACUAUAGAGAAGCAUAUAGAUCUAAUAAUAAGAUAUUUUAUGGUUAUUGGGAUCGUUGGCAUUUUAUUGUGAAUAGUAAAUAUAUGUCUCGGUUAGAGAGAGUUUCAAUCUCAGAUGACCCAGACCAAACAGUUUUCACAGUCACAAUGAAGAACAUGGGUGCGACUGAUGAAGGCUUGUACCAAUGUGAUAUUGAAAAUAAUUCAUAUGGGAAUGAAUACCAGAAUGUCUACAUAUUAGUCGAAGAUUUUCCAACACUCUAUGUUCAUAGUCAAGUUGAGACUGGAUAUGUAGAUGGAGGCGUCACAAUAAAUUGCUACUACAGUAACUAUGGAGUGAGGAAAUGGUGCCGGAUUGAUGGCCGCUGUGUCUAUCAGAGUUAUAGAUAUUCAGAUGGAAUGCGUGUGGACACGAGUACUGAUGCCAAUAAAGGAGUGUUUAAGGUGAUUAUGAGAGGUCUACAACUGAAGCACACUGGCUGGUACUAUUGCUCUGUGGGAGACCUACAGAUGCCUGUGCACAUCACUGUCAAACAGAACACAUAUACUCAGAGGACAAUAACACAGCAGCCUGCAAUCAAAACAACCAUCAUCAGGACAACCAUCACAGGUAUAGACAAGUUUAAUCUUACUAAAGUUGAUGAUUUGUCUUCCACAUCAACCACAAACAAGACCAAUACUCCAAAUGGUUUCAGUCUGACUCUGCUGUUGGGUCUGCUGGGGCUGUUGCUGCUGGUGGUCAUCUGUGGAACACUGACUCUCAUCAGGCUGAAAAAACGUAGACGUGAUGCAGGCCCGGAUGAAGCUUUUUCUCAGAGAAAGACUACAGCAACUCUGCAAAAUUCUCAGGAGGACACUGAAGUCACUUAUAGCAUGAUAGCUAUGACUCCUUCAAAGAAUGCAGCUGAUGACACCCAUGGCGAUGUCACCUACAGCACUGUAGUCACACACAAUAGAGGCCUGAGAAAAUCCCUUAGAUACCAAGUUGCAGAUGUCAUCUACAGUGAAGUGGCAACAAAGUGAAGCAGGAUGGCAGCAUAUUGAUCCUUCAGGACACACAAGGAUUAAUAAAAAUUCAAUGAGCUAUUUUGAGAUUUUUAAUCUAGUUUAAUCAGAAAAUAAAUCAAAUCA